CUCCCAGCCAGCCCUGGGGGGUGUUCACCUGAUACACAACAGGUGGCCGGGUGCACACCUUUUCGCAAUCUGGUCCGCGCCGUAUCGACUGGUAAGGGCGGGCCUGCGCGCACUCUGCUCGGCUAGACCCGUGGGACGCUCCGCAGAUCACGGACUGCUACCUCGGAGGGAGCCCGGGGGGCGGAGGGCGAGGACGCUGCAGCGCUGCCAGGCCAUGGCCCUGCGCCCUCAGCCCCGGGCCGGGGGCGGUAGCUAGGUCGUUCUUUCUCCUAGGAUCCAAGCUGCUAUCGUUUCGGUUUUUCCUCAGAAAAAGGGGGGAAAAAUGCCUCAGCUGUUGGGGGUCCACUUUUCAGGACAGUCAGCUUGAAUUCCGAGUAGGAUUCUUGUGUGGGGCUUUGGUGUGAACCGAGGUGACAGAAGGUUGACUUUGUUUUAAAGUUUUCUAUUUCUGCAGUCAAAAGUAGCAUAGGAGCAAAGUUUUUGUGAGGUUUUUCCCUUUUUCUUUGUUCUUGAAAAAAGAAAAAUGCAUCCUCCAGAAACCACCACCAAGAUGGCUUCAGUUCGGUUCAUGGUGACACCAACCAAGAUCGAUGACAUUCCAGGGUUGUCAGAUACCAGCCCAGAUCUCAGCUCUCGAUCUAGCUCCAGAGUAAGAUUUAGCUCCCGGGAAAGCGUGCCUGAAACCAGCCGGAGCGAGCCCAUGAGCGAGAUGUCGGGAGCCACCACUUCCCUGGCAACGGUCGCCCUGGAUCCAGCCAGCGACAGGACCUCUAACCCCCAGGAUGGCACCGAGGAUGAUGGGCAUAAGAAAGCUCGAAAUGCUUAUCUUAAUAAUUCCAAUUAUGAAGAAGGAGAUGAAUAUUUUGAUAAAAACUUGGCACUCUUUGAGGAAGAAAUGGACACCAGACCAAAAGUGUCUUCUCUCCUCAAUCGCAUGGCCAAUUACACAAAUCUGACACAAGGAGCAAAGGAGCAUGAAGAAGCAGAAAACAUCACUGAAGGGAAAAAGAAGCCCACCAAGACCCCCCAAAUGGGUACUUUCAUGGGUGUCUACCUCCCCUGUCUACAAAAUAUUUUUGGAGUGAUCCUCUUUCUACGCCUUACGUGGGUGGUUGGCACCGCUGGAGUUCUUCAGGCCUUUGCAAUCGUCCUCAUCUGCUGCUGCUGUACAAUGUUGACUGCUAUCUCCAUGAGUGCCAUUGCCACUAAUGGAGUGGUGCCAGCUGGGGGCUCAUACUUUAUGAUUUCCCGAGCUCUGGGUCCAGAGUUUGGUGGCGCUGUUGGCCUUUGCUUUUAUCUUGGUACCACAUUUGCAGCAGCCAUGUAUAUCCUUGGUGCCAUUGAAAUUUUUCUGGUAUAUAUUUUCCCCCGGGCUGCCAUCUUUCGCAGUGAGGAUGCACUCAAGGAAUCAGCAGCCAUGCUUAAUAACAUGCGUGUCUAUGGCACAGCUUUCUUGGUUCUCCUGGUAUUGGUGGUAUUCAUCGGUGUGCGCUAUGUGAACAAGUUUGCCUCUCUUUUCCUGGCCUGUGUCAUUGUGUCCAUCUUGGCCAUCUAUGCUGGAGCCAUCAAGUCGUCUUUUGCCCCGCCACACUUUCCGGUUUGCAUGUUGGGUAACCGCACUCUUUCUUCGAGACACAUCGAUGUUUGCUCUAAGACCAAGGAAGUUAACAACAUGACAGUUCCAUCAAAGUUAUGGGGCUUCUUCUGUAACUCAAGUCAGUUUUUCAAUGCCACCUGUGAUGAAUACUUUGUUCACAAUAAUGUCACUUCAAUUCAGGGCAUUCCUGGAUUGGCUAGUGGUAUCAUUACAGAAAAUCUUUGGAGUAAUUAUUUACCUAAAGGAGAGAUUAUCGAAAAGCCCUCAGCCAAAUCAUCUGAUGUCCUGGGCAGCUUAAACCAUGAGUACGUCCUUGUCGACAUCACCACCUCCUUCACUCUCCUGGUGGGGAUCUUCUUUCCCUCUGUCACAGGGAUCAUGGCUGGAUCAAACAGAUCUGGAGAUCUGAAGGAUGCCCAGAAGUCCAUUCCCAUCGGCACUAUCCUUGCCAUCCUGACCACAUCCUUUGUCUAUUUAAGCAAUGUCGUCCUUUUUGGUGCUUGUAUUGAAGGGGUUGUGCUCAGAGACAAGUUUGGGGAUGCUGUGAAAGGUAAUUUGGUGGUAGGCACCUUAUCUUGGCCAUCCCCAUGGGUAAUUGUUAUUGGCUCAUUCUUUUCAACAUGUGGGGCUGGACUUCAGAGCCUCACAGGUGCACCAAGGCUGCUACAGGCCAUUGCCAAGGAUAACAUCAUUCCAUUUCUAAGGGUUUUUGGUCACAGCAAAGCCAAUGGGGAACCCACCUGGGCUUUACUUCUAACUGCUGCCAUUGCAGAGCUGGGAAUCCUUAUCGCCUCCUUGGAUCUCGUGGCCCCAAUUCUCUCCAUGUUUUUUCUCAUGUGUUACCUCUUUGUGAACUUGGCAUGUGCCUUGCAAACAUUACUUCGAACACCCAACUGGAGACCCCGAUUCCGCUACUACCACUGGGCCCUCUCUUUCAUGGGAAUGAGUAUUUGUCUGGCCCUCAUGUUCAUCUCUUCCUGGUAUUAUGCCAUUGUUGCUAUGGUAAUCGCUGGCAUGAUAUACAAGUACAUUGAGUACCAAGGAGCUGAGAAGGAAUGGGGUGAUGGGAUCCGUGGGCUGUCCCUCAGUGCAGCCCGGUUUGCUUUGCUUCGCCUGGAGGAAGGACCUCCACACACUAAGAACUGGAGGCCUCAGUUGCUUGUGUUACUGAAACUAGAUGAAGACUUACAUGUCAAGCAUCCUCGCCUCCUCACUUUCGCCUCACAGCUCAAAGCAGGAAAGGGCCUCACUAUCGUGGGCUCAGUCAUUGUGGGGAACUUCCUGGAGAACUAUGGUGAAGCUUUAGCUGCUGAGCAGACCAUAAAGCAUCUAAUGGAGGCAGAGAGAGUGAAAGGAUUCUGCCAGCUGGUGGUGGCCGCUAAGCUGAGAGAGGGCAUUUCCCACCUCAUCCAGUCCUGUGGCCUCGGGGGCAUGAAGCACAACACGGUGGUGAUGGGCUGGCCCAAUGGCUGGCGCCAAAGCGAAGAUGCUCGUGCCUGGAAAACUUUUAUUGGCACGGUUCGAGUGACAACUGCUGCCCAUCUCGCCCUGCUGGUGGCAAAGAACGUCUCCUUCUUCCCCACCAAUGUGGAGCAGUUUUCUGAGGGCAACAUAGACGUGUGGUGGAUUGUGCAUGAUGGGGGGAUGCUCAUGCUAUUACCAUUCCUACUGAAACAGCACAAGGUGUGGCGAAAAUGCAGCAUCCGGAUCUUCACAGUAGCCCAGCUAGAAGACAACAGUAUCCAGAUGAAGAAGGACCUGGCCACCUUCCUGUAUCAUCUGCGCAUUGAAGCAGAGGUGGAAGUGGUAGAGAUGCACGACAGUGACAUCUCAGCUUAUACUUAUGAGCGCACCCUGAUGAUGGAGCAGAGGUCCCAGAUGCUGCGGCACAUGAGGCUGUCCAAAACAGAGCGCGACAGAGAGGCCCAAUUGGUAAAAGACCGGAACUCAAUGCUGCGACUAACCAGCAUUGGCUCAGAUGAAGAUGAAGAGACAGAAACCUAUCAGGAGAAGGUGCACAUGACUUGGACAAAAGACAAGUACAUGGCAUCCCGGGGGCAAAAAGCCAAGUCGAUGGAAGGAUUCCAGGAUCUGCUUAACAUGCGUCCGGACCAGUCAAAUGUGAGGCGGAUGCAUACAGCAGUGAAGCUCAAUGAGGUUAUAGUUAACAAGUCCCAUGAAGCCAAGCUGGUUCUGUUGAAUAUGCCAGGGCCACCCCGAAACCCUGAAGGUGAUGAAAACUACAUGGAAUUCUUAGAAGUGCUCACGGAGGGACUGGAGCGAGUCCUCCUUGUCCGCGGUGGUGGCAGUGAAGUGAUCACCAUUUACUCGUAAUCAACUCCAGGAUGACUGCUUGGCCUCACCUUUCCUAAAAUGCUUCUGUCCUCCAUGGAAGUGACAGCUCUUUACUACCACUCCAUCUAACUAGAGGCCUGUGUUCCGUACACAAUACACUGAACUCUUGAUGAGCUGAGCCUCAAGUAUUUCUGCAAAAACAGUACAAUAGAUCUGCUGUUUGCUCCCAAUUGAUCUGCUGUCCUAAAAAAAGAAGCAAAUAUUCCUUCAACAUCAGAACAAUGGUCAAAUCCCAAAAGCCAUGUCGUCAAUAGAAAGCAAGUUAGAAUAGAAUUAACAAGCUAAGCCAAUAAACGAAUUGGUAAAAGAGAUGGUAGAAAGUCAGCUGAAGACAAAAAGCAAGAACAUAGCCAACAGUGAAGAUAGGUCUCAGAAACCAUAGCUUGAUGAUGACAUCACAGAGUUAACAGCCACAGAGACUGAAGAAUUCACAACCAAGUAUGAGGAUCCAUUAUAUUUGUAGAGAUAACCAUGGCAAGCCAAGAUGGAAACUUUUUUUAGCUAUUUCUUUCUGUACCCACUGCUCUUCAGGACUCAGUAAUUUUAUGUUAGGGUAGUAAAAUACAUGGCUGAGACAUGGCUGUAGCCUCUACUUUCUCAAAAACAACAUUUCCCCCAAAAUGCCAGGCUUAUGUAUCCAGUGUGUCAGUGUAUGUUUCAGCUGUUUAUAUUAACUCAGAACUCAUGCUGUAACUUGUUACCAUGGAAUUGCUGGUUAAGAGUAUAAAUUAUUUCAGAUUCUUUUUCAAGUGGCUGAACUAAGGGAGUUUCAAGACAGUCAUUAAGAUUUACUGAAAUAGUCUGGUUUUCUAUGCAACAUGGGCAAAACAUACAUGCUGUUCCCUAAGAAAUAUGGGGCACAAUGCAUACCUUUCUUUCUCUUUAUGCCUUCUUCAUAAGCACAGGUCAAAAAAUAAGGUACAGUAGGAAGAAUGGCUAAAAUCCUCCCCCAAAACCUCAGACCAUCUUUAAAGGAUGAAUUCAGCAAUGGAACUGAAAAUUCUAGAGCCAUAUGCUUUCCAUAGUGCCAAAGUUAUUACUGAGCUGCUGCUCUCCUUACCUACUUCACUAAGAUGGCAUACAGAUUGGCACUGGCUUGAUUUAAGAGUUUUUUCACUAAGAAACCUUGGCCUCAUCUCCAAAGCCAUAGUUAAGACUUGAGGCACUCACCUAAACACCCAGAGGAGGAGCAUUUUCCCCUUUUCAAUUUUAUUCCUAAUUCUGACUGCAGAAACUUGUCUCUGACCUAAGAGGUUACCCAAGCAAACAGUCUUCAGUAGUUUGUUUUCAGAAAUCUCUAAAUGUGCCAACAAAACACUUGUGCAAGCUCAGCUUUUUAUUAGCUUCUCUAUCGAUCACAAAAACCCUGGCUUAUUUCAAGUCUGAAAUCUUCCUUUACAGGACAAGUAUUUAGAGAAACUCUCGUGUAUUCAGAUUUUGCUUUACUAAUGAUAAAAAGUGCCAAUCUUUGAUUACUCAACAGGAUUUGAAGCAAGCUGAACUGUAGGUGUCAAAAUUAUUCAUUUGACUCAUAAGAACAAAGAAAAUCCUUCCUUAGAGCUUAAGAAACUUGAGUUACGUAUUUGUUCCCAUUGCUCAGCUUUCAACCUCCAGACCCACUCAGGGUAGCAGAGCAGACAGGAUCCUGUCUUUUUUUUUCUGUUGGUUUUAGCAGAAGGUAGAAACAUUGUUUACCAUAUUCAUUGCAACACUCCACUGCUUAGUUGUGUAUAGUAAUAGCGGGACAGGUCUUCUAGGACCCAAGAUCUUAAAGAUCAGUACUGUCAAGAUUAGCCUGCCCAGGAAUCCCCCAACAUUUACACACACCCCUAGCCAAAGUGACACAUUUUUUUUUUCUCCAUUUAGGACAAGUAUGAGCAUAAAAUAAGGCUAGCUUUAGAACUGAUUACUAGUGGUUGGAACUCUGUAAGAGUACUUUAAAGGGAUAAGGAAAUUAGUGGCUAUUAAGAUAGCCACUACUUCAACCCCUAAAACACAAAAUCACUGUUACAUGGAAAAAUGGUUAUUAGGCCAGAUUUAUCCUCAUCUCUGUCUAAAGCAUUUCAUGUCUAUGUGUUGCUUAUGUUGUCUGCAAAGUGUCUGGUCUCUUAAUCACUGCAAAUAAAGCAAUACUGAAAACUUGAUGAGAGAAUGCACCUUAGGGGAAGGGGCUUUGUGUUUCAAGAGGGAAGAGAAAAGACAGACCCAGCUUUUACAUCUUACCUGUGACUUUAGUAGGGCAGGGUAUAAUACAUUCUCCUUCUGCUGGCCCUCUGCCUUCCACAGUUAUUGUAAAAGCUGAAGAUGGAACUGCAGCACUUACUCAACAGGAGCCAGGUUCCUCUUGGCAGGCAAAAGGUCUGUGCUCCUUAUCCUCCAUCGCCUCAGAUUCCUGUGGCCCCAAGGAUCCCACCAAUCCUCAUUCCCCCUAAACAUGUUAAAAAUCCCUUAUUGUGGGUAUUAAAAUAACAGUUACAUACUGUAAGCAUAUUUAUGUGCUUUUUGUCUGGUUUAUUUUUCUUUUCAUCAUGUAUAAUCUGAAUCAAGCAUUAGUUUAUUCCACAAGUGUCUUCGACAGAAUUUUUAUGUCCUAGCUUGUGUUAAAUAGAAGUGAGAUAUUAAGGAAAAUAGAUUUAAAAGCAAACUUUUGCAACUUUUUUAAGCAUUGUUCUCAACCAUUUAAUUUAUUGAAAUGCUGCUAUGGUUAUUGACUUAGCAGCAACUGUUCUUUUGUUUACAUAGAGUUCUGGUCAUGUUUGUUUUGCUCUGUACUGGAAACAUAAAUAAAGUUUUCUACAUUAUUUUCA